AUAAGUGUGAAAGAUUUUGAAGAUAAACACAAAUUUGAUUAGUGGUUUUUCUCCAGUUCACCAUGUCUUUCCUGGGCCUUUUAGGUGGCUCUGCCAAAACCUCUGUUGAUUUAGCUGAGUUGCAAAGAAAGAACAGCCAGAUUCAAUAUGAUGAGAUACAAAAGGUCACUAGUUAUGUACUUGGGAAAACAAAGCUUCGUCCUAAGCUGGGAAUCAUAUGCGGAUCAGGUCUUGGUGGUUUAGCUAAUGAGGUUAAGGACCAACAGGUAAUACCUUACGCUGAGAUUGAUGGCUUUCCUAAAUGCACAGUUCAGGGUCAUGCUGGUAAUCUUGUCCUUGGUUAUUUAUCUGGUGUUCCUACUGUAUGCAUGCAGGGAAGAUUGCAUUUCUAUGAGGGACACCCAGCAUGGCUGGUUACAAUGCCAAUUAUUAUUUACUCGUUCCCCAUAGGUUACAAUGCCAAUUAUUAUUUACUCGUUCCCCAUAGGUUACAAUGCCAAUUAUUAUUUACUCAUUCCCCAUAGGUUACAAUGCCAAUUAUUAUUUACUCAUUCCCCAUAGGUUACAAUGCCAAUUAUUAUUUACUCAUUCCCCAUAGGUUACAAUGCCAAUUAUUAUUUACUCGUUCCCCAUAGGUUACAAUGCCAAUUAUUAUUUACUCGUUCCCCAUAGGUUACAAUGCCAAUUAUUAUUUACUCAUUCCCCAUAGGUUACAAUGCCAAUUAUUAUUUACUCGUUCCCCAUAGGUUACAAUGCCAAUUAUUAUUUACUCGUUCCCCAUAGGUUACAAUGCCAAUUAUUAUUUACUCAUUCCCCAUAGGUUACAAUGCCAAUUAUUAUUUACUCAUUCCCCAUAGGUUACAAUGCCAAUUAUUAUUUACUCGUUCCCCAUAGGUUACAAUGCCAAUUAUUAUUUACUCGUUCCCCAUAGGUUACAAUGCCAAUUAUUAUUUACUCAUUCCCCAUAGGUUACAAUGCCAAUUAUUAUUUACUCAUUCCCCAUAGGUUACAAUGCCAAUUAUUAUUUACUCAUU